GAGCAGGUCAAGUCUACCACAUUUUAUUCUAGUCUAAACACGUCAGCUAAGGAGUUUAAAGUAGUGGAUAUGUUCAGUAGUAAAAACCAUUGCAGUUAAGAUCAUUACCAUAUGUGCGCGCUCUGAAAUGAUUGACUGCUAUCAUCAUGCGCGAGAGGCUAACCAACUACCAAUGGCCUAUCUAGCUAGCCAGCUAACGUGCUCCUACAGACGGACGGUCCAGGAGUCAAUAUCUGAUAUUUUCCACAUAACAUGGUUAAGGUUAGCUAGCUAAAAUGACCGUUGUGAAAUUCCGCCCCUCAUCAGGUGACGAUGAACUCGGCUUGAUGGAUCACAAACUGGAGCAAAGUCCUCCUGCUAACGUUACCGAUGGAAUAGACAUCGUUGAAUGGGGUGUUAGGAAAGCUCAACAUGCAGUGGCUGUUGUACUAAUGAAGAGUAAACCUCCCGGGAGAAGUGGUCGACAGCAACCGGAACAUUUGGCCAGUAAACUGAGGAGCCAGGAUGAGGCCUGGAAAACCAAAGCCCAGGGCCUUCAGGAGGAAGUGCUUAGACUGCGACAAGAGUUCCUACUCACCCAGAUGCUCUCAAAGAACACCAGUGGAGCAGGUGCUGGUGGGUCUCAUUCAUCCAUCCUCUCCCCCUAUCAUGUCUGUCUGACUUGGUGCAACCUGCAGGAGAUGGUUUCAUGGGCCUGCUCUCAGGACCUCGUGGAGCCAGGCUCGUUGAAAGACCAGCUCAACUCAGAUAUAGACUCCGGCUGUGGGACAGAAAACAACAAAGAGACACUGCGACCCGCUCAAGACUCUGCAGAACCACCCAGUGCCCAGCUAGCCUUUCCACCUGUCACCACCACGGCUCCCCAGAUCCCAUUCUCCAGUCUGUGUAAGUCAGGCCCUCUGGGAAAGGCCAUGCUGCUCCUCAUGCAGUUCUUCCAAAGCCUGUGUGGGGCGAACAGGGUGGAGGGGGAGGCGAUGGGAGCAGAGGCUGGAGGGCUUAGCCUGGACAGGGACGGGGACAGGUUGGUGGUGGCAGACUCAGUGUGCCAGCUACUGUCCUGUAUGGUGGCAGCUAGUAGGGACGCCAGGCCCCUGCCCGCUCACUCACUGCUCCUGCAGGCAGCUCAGGCAAUGGACCACUGGGCCUCCCACAGACAGCCCUCCCUGCAGUUUGUGGCACACAUGGAAGAUGCCCUGAAAGAGCUCACUGAGAUGAUAGUACGCAAUGACCAGCUCAACAGAGUAAGAAAACAUAGUGCAUACUGUCUAUGGUUCCAGGUUGAGGAGAGGCUGACAGAGUGUUUGAUCCUGCUGGGAGGGAGCAGCUUGCUGAGGUCCCUGCUCAUCCGUCAUGUCCUGUCUGAGAUCAACCGGCUUGCAAAGCACCUCUGGAUCACCUGCCAGGUCAAUGCUGAUGGCACAGAGCUGCUGCUACGUGCUAAGCUGAAGGACAGAGAGGGCUGA